UCUUUCGCUCUCUCUCUCUCACACACACACCCUCCCUCCACCACUUUCUCCCGUGCAGCCGAGGCGCUUUAUCGUCUCCAAAGCUUGUCUCCAGAAGCAUGUCCUCAGACAUGCAGCCACGGUGCGAUGAAGCGGACCAAAACACGCCACCAGCCUGACGGUAUGAAAGCAGUGGCCAUGGCGUUAGACCAUGAAGCUGGAGCCAGAUACGCUCAUCGCCUCCUCCAGCCAAAGAAAGCCUGUGUGGUGCCACACUGAACGCACACUUCUCCGAAUAUGUCAACCGAGCACAAGAAAGCCCAACGGACUGCUUAACACUCGCUACAAAGUGCGGGCCAGAGGAGUAGCGCCCAUUGAUUUCUGUGAUCAUGAAUGGCCUGAGACCCAUGAAUCAGGAGUCCGAGCUGUGCUGCUUGAAAGUUCCAUCUGAGUAGGAGGUGGCAAGAAAAGACCAAAUGCCAUGGAUGUAUUCAAUUUCACAUACUGGAAUGCCUCUGAAGGCAAUGACACAGAAGUUGUGGAAGAGAAGGAAAGCGCCUACAAGACUGUGGAGGUGGUGUUCAUCGUCUUGGUGGCCGGUUCGCUCAGUCUGGUUACAGUUAUUGGAAACAUCCUGGUCAUGCUUUCCAUCAAAGUUAAUAGGAACUUACAGACUGUCAACAACUACUUUUUAUUCAGCCUUGCAUGUGCUGACCUAAUUAUUGGACUGUGCUCCAUGAACUUGUACACAGUCUACAUAGUAAUAGGCUACUGGCCCCUGGGGCCGGUGGUGUGUGACUUGUGGUUAGCCUUGGACUAUGUUGUCAGCAAUGCGUCUGUCAUGAAUCUUCUCAUCAUAAGCUUUGACAGAUACUUCUGUGUCACCAAACCCCUCAGCUACCCCGUCAAAAGGACCACCAAAAUGGCGGGAAUGAUGAUUGCUGCAGCCUGGGUCCUAUCUUUCAUCCUCUGGGCUCCUGCUAUUCUCUUCUGGCAGUUCAUUGUCGGCGGGCGGACAGUUCCUGAGAAGGAGUGCUACAUCCAGUUCUUUUCCAAUGCUGCUGUCACUUUUGGCACAGCCAUUGCCGCCUUUUACCUGCCUGUCAUCAUCAUGAUUCAGCUCUACUGGCAGAUCUCCAGAGCGAGCAAAAGCCGCGUGAAGAAGGAUAAUCGCAAGCCCUCAGGAGCCAACCCAGAACCUGUGUCACCUGGUCAGAGGAGGAACAACUCACCAAAACCCAACAAUAACAAUGUGCCAGGGGAGGAUGCAGGGCAUUCCCAGAACCAGAAUACUGAGGAUGGGGCUAACCAGCAUGAUGGCAAACUGCAGAAUGGCAAAGGACCUUCCUCCACCACCGCUGAGGGAGAAACCGAGGGUGACGAUGCGGCAAGGGAGAACUGUGCUCCUGGAGAGGAGAAGGAGAGCUCCAAUGACUCCACAUCUGGCAGUGUGGCUGCUUCCAACCAGAAGGAUGAGGAACCAGCACCAUCCACGGCCAACUCCAGCGCUGAGACUAGCCAGCCGCUCCCUCGUCAGCGAGCCAAGGCCGGAGGCUCCAAGCUGACCUGCAUCAAGAUCAAGACUAAAUCACCCAAGGGUGACUGCUACACGCCAUCUAAUGCCACCGUCGAGAUUGUCCCAACCUCGGAGCGGCAGAACCACGUGGCACGGAAGAUCGUGAAGAUGACGAAGCAACCGCCAAACAAGAAGAAGAAAGCGGCACCAUCACGGGAGAAAAAAGUUACCCGCACCAUAAUGGCCAUCCUGGUAGCUUUUGUAGCCACCUGGACUCCCUACAAUGUGAUGGUGCUUAUUAACACCUUUUGCUCCAGCUGCAUCCCCAACACAGUGUGGACUAUUGGUUACUGGCUGUGCUACAUCAACAGCACCAUCAACCCGGCCUGCUAUGCCCUGUGCAAUGCCACAUUCAAAAAGACAUUCAAACACCUUCUCCUCUGCCAAUACAAAAAUAUUCGGUCGGCCAGAUAAAUACAGGCCACCUGGGAGGAAGCAUUGAAGUAUGAGUUGCCUCUGUAUGUGUUCGUGUGUCCUCCAUACAUAUGCGUAUGUGUGUCUGCGAAAGAGGGUCACAUGGUAAAGCAUGGUAAAGACUGCAAGAGUACAUUUUAAAAUCAUUUUCCAUCCCUUAAUCGUUAGUUUUCCAGUUUCUCUCAAAAACCGGUUGUAGCACUUUACACAAAUCCAACUGAAGCCAGUUGCAUUGAGAUGUGUUGUGCAGGAGCAGCAUAGAUAAGGAAGGCUGUGAAAAAAAUCUGUGUUAUUGAGAGUUGUAAGCUCAAAAAAAAUGAGUGUGUGUGUUAGACAGGGAACAGGGAGUGACACUCGGCUGAUUAAAAAAUGACAAAGAGCAGAGGAGAAAAAUCUGCGCUGUACGAAAACACAGGAAAACUUCAAAAUGGGAAAAUAGGGCUGACUGAAUUUACAAACCUCCGAAGUUUUAAGUUCAGUGAAGAUACCUGUAGAUAACUGUACAUAUCGGUGUGUAUUCUAUUUAUGUGUGCACAUGUAGGUGUGUGCUGGCUCUGCCUUUGUGGUGCACACCCACUUGUGCCCCUCUGCCUGCCUUCUCUCUGUCUGUGAUCAUCAUCAUGGCACUUCCAACCAGCAACAUGUAGAAUAAAUUUGGGCCUUUUUCUGUGUAGAUUGCUUCUGACAUGGUGACAUCAGGACAGGAAGCUAUUGCAUCUAACAAUGUGUCCCAGUGGGAAUGAGAUGCUAUCAAUAGAUAUCUAAAUAUAUUGAAGUUGCAUUUGUUAGCUUUUGACAUUGACCUGAAUAACUUAUAGCCAGAAAUAACUAUGAGCUUAACAGUAGAGGUGAAUGCAACUUUUUGCACUUACAGCAUUGAAAAAUACCUCUAUUUUAGUAAUCAACUAUGUAUUUAUUCAAAGGAGGACAUACUGAAGUACAACAAUUCCAUUGGACCUGUCUAAUUGAGAAUGGAACUCCCAUCCUAAACGCAUUCUCACGACAACUCGUCACAUACAGAUGCCUGGUCAUGACCCUUUGCCAUGAACUGACUACCACUAUUGCUUUAUAUUUCAAUAAUUUUGGGUAAGGUGGUGCAUUGUCUGUCAUUUAGGUUGGUAGAGUCCAUUGUGCAUCCCAGGAAGGACCAUUAUUGUGUUGCAUUUGCCACUUUACUGAUGCCAACAAUUUCAAAGUAUCAAUCAGUAAUGAAUUAAACAUUUGGGCAAAUGAUGUGUAGUGGAUGAUUGUCCCAGUAAACUAUAGCAUGUUUUUAAUAAAAGGCCACUGGGUGGAAGUCAUUAACUGCCACAGCAGUCUCUGUCAUGGUGGCCUUCUGCCAACUGAACACCACAACGCUCUGUCCUUACCAAUGCAGAACUCCCCAUAGUCCGAACCUCAAAACAAACCAAUUGUAGUCCUCCAUCUCAUCAUGUAGUAAAAGGCUCAACCUGGUGGUGCAACCAGGUGCUACAGCUAAAGUGCAAAUUUUCUGAUCUACUUGUCUUUAAUCGUCUGCCUAAUCACCUAAUAUAGUAAUAAUGGAUAAAGUAGCCAUUAACAAUCCUACAUGUUUACUUUUUGUUCAUCGUUUUUUGCCACUGUUUGGUUAAGUUUAGACAACAAAAUUACUUGGUUAGGCUACUUGGUAAUGUUUUUAGUUUGCUUUAAAAUAGACCUUUUUCACAAGAUUAACACAAUAAUGGGCAAAAUCUUCCCAUCUCUUCUAUUUUUAUUCCUACCACAGUGACAGGUCCUGACGCAUCUACCAUAUAAUUCUGAAUAUAAGCAACAGUGACAACACCAGAACACUAUAUUUAGAUGAUUGCACACUAAUUGCAUCUUAUUCUGGUGUUUACAAAGUUUUAUAGAAAUCUGUCAGACUAACUUGCAAGUUGGAAAAAAAGAAAAGCUGAAAGGGGACACUGUGCAUCUAACAUUGAUACCAUAAGGGUCAGAACCAACUGUACGUAUGUGACAAGUUGGGAGUGAGAUUGGGCUGCUCAACUUUUUGGAAAAUAUGCUCAAACCAGAGUUAGAUGAAAAGUUUAAUAGUUCUCCUCUCAGAUAGAUGGUUAGCUAAGUGUAGCAUAAGGAAUGGACACAGGGGAGUCUUGUAAUGCUUUCUGAUAAACACACUAUGUCUCAUUUAUUUAAUGUUUUCUGAGGGCGCAAUUUUUUUGUUUCCACAUAGAGAUCUUCUUGUCAUUGUACCCAUCCACACAUAACCCUCAUAAAACUACGACAAGUUACAUGUUUCUGAUUAAAAUUAAUUCUUAAAAAACUCCAACUUGCUGAAGACAACCUUUCAUGUACCAUUCCGGGGAAUAACCAAACAGCUGUAAGUGUAAAAACAAACAGACCCAACAACAAUAGCUAUGACUAAAAUUUAAAAAAAAAAAAAGAAAUGUGUCACGAGAUUGUUCAGUCGCUCUCUUUGAUUUUGCCAUCCACACCCAAACCGCAUCACUUCGGCUUUUACUGCUGACAGGAUGUCAAAUGUUUAUUUUAUGGCGGCUAUUAAGAUAUUUAUGUUUGCUGUCAAGUUACCCAACACUGCGAAGAACCCGCCUACUCAGUGAGUGAAACAGGUGGUUGGAGCUCAGAGCUGUCCUUUAUUAUUUCUGUCUGUGGGAAGGCAGCAUUUUGCGGUGUUUGCUUUUGUGUAUGUGUGGAUGAGUGAGUGGGAGACGUGCUUUGAUUCUCUUUAUUAGUGGAUAGAUGUCACAGAGUGUAGUGUACAGUACAGAUGAUGAUGAUUGUGAAGGUGUGUGUGGGUACCCAUGCGUGAGGUGUGUGUGUGUGUGUGUGUGUGUGUGUGUGUGUGUGUGGGUAUAGAUGCUGACGUGUGUUUGCGUUGCUCCAAGAAUGGAGUUUACUUCUGAUCACAGGUCACCGCCUCGUGAUUUAAAAAAGGGCUAUUUCUCCAUCUUUAAAUGUUCUGUAACUCAUUCUCUUUGUUAAUUUUAGAACAACUAACAUUUAAUUACCUCUAUGGAAACCCCCAUUCAUGAAUUACAAGCGAUAAACAGUUUAGUGUUUGUCUUAAUGACGGAAGAAAUUAGAAAAUAUCAAUUUGCUAUAAGACAUGCUCUGUGUAUUCAUGCGUGUCAUCCGUCAUUUCAGCUCAUUAGACGAUUCUCAGUUACAGUAAUGCAUGCUCACCAGUUGUAGUGAUGAAUAUGUAGGAGCAUUUUGCCGUCAGGAGGUUGCCACAGUGGCUGGUAGGGGGGCUUUGUAAAGAAUUACGCCUGCACCAACAGCUCCGCAAGGCUGUCUCCUUUUAAAGAGAGAUCUGGGACAGAUCCUAUAAUGAAAACUCACCAUGAGGCUGAUCAGAUUAUAGAACGAUGUGGAACACCUACAUUUGAGAUGAAAGACUGCCCAUUAUACGCUCAGCUUGUGCUACACGGCCAUGCCCCACUUAGUGCUCCGCUCGGUCCUGAUCCUGUUAUAGUCUCUAACUCUUCUAAGGUCACGAAUGUAAUGUAAAUAUCACAUGUGCAUUCAUAAGCCCGCUCUAUUAUUCAUUAGUGUUUUUUUCUCCUGCUCCACUUAUUGCCUUCUUUGCUUCAAAUAGCACGUCGGCUCUCCAGUUCAUAUCAGUGGUUGCAGGAGUAUUCAGAUUCUGCACUUGUGAAAAGCACCACAUACUCUGCUCAGAGGCGUCCUCCGCUGAUUGGACUUGUCCAAGUCAGUUUACUAGUGUCAGAUCAGAUUGCACUGCCUGUGAAAAUGGUUGCAUAAUGUCUUCUGUGGUUCUGGAGGAGAUGUGUCAAGUCUGAUCAAAUUCCUCAAGUGAUGCCGCACCCAGGUGACCAGACUCGGGCCUGGAAGACUAUUUUACUAAACAAACAGCCUGUGCUGGGACUAUGAAGUUUAAAACAGCACGGUUAAAUUGAAUUAUGUGCAGUGUAAGACACUUUAAAUCAUCUCGUUAGUUAUUGGAGUGUGACCCCAGGCUGCAUUAGUGUCAGCCAUUUUUAUUCUAAUGUGCUGGACCGGUAAUUUAAUGAACAUGUAGGAUGAACUGAAUCAAUUUGACGAUUAACCCUCUGAACCAUAAGGUGUUUCUGGGCAUGUCACAUUUUCACUCAUCGUGGGCUCACUUUUUCAGAGCAAUGUAAAUUCAUGCACCUCUACUGAAACAACACGACCAUGACUAGAAAUAGAGGGAACUCAAAAAUGUCUGUUGUGCAGCGUGAGAUAGUUAAAAUGGCAUAAAUCUUAAGAAAGAAUGAAAAAGUUACCAAUACUGGGGGAACAGAUGUGUACUCUACAUGCAUGUUUUGUUUCCAUACUUACACGACCAUUCAGAAGUUUGAGGUCACUUAGCAAUGUCCUUAUUUUUUGAAACAAAAGCAGUUUUUCAGUGAAGAUAACAUUAAAUUAAUCAAAAGUAGAGUCUAGAUAUUGUUAAUGUGGUAAAUGACUAUUCCAGCUGGAAACAGCUGAUUUUUAAUGGAAUAUCUCCAUAGGGGUACAGAGGAACAUUUCCAGCAUCCAUCACUCCUGUGUUCUAAUGCUACAUUGUGUUAGCUAAUGGUGUUGAAAGGCUAAUUGAUGGUUAGAAAACCCUUGUGCAAUUAUGCUGGCACAUGAAAUAAAAAUGUAGGUUUUCAUGGAAAAUGUGAAAUUGACCAUGAAAGUGACCCCAAACUUUUGAACAUUAGUGUAUCUCUCCACUACUGUCUAUAAACACAACCUGCAGUUCAGCUGGUCAUUGUUGUUGAUAUUGAAGUUUCAGUGUUUGUUGUUCAGUUCAUGUGCUGAGUGAGAGAGAGCUGGGAACGGCGGCUAAUUCUGGAGCUAAGUUAUAGUUGUUUUUUUUAAGUUAUUUUGGUGUUGUCUACAGUCCACAGUAGUCUGUGUGAAGGUUCAAUAAACAACCAGAGAACCAGAUAAAGUCUCACUCAUUCAUCACAGAGGGUCGCUACAAUGUGUUGACCUGUUUUUACAACUUGACUGAUGUCCGUCUGUGUUUCGCCCUGUUCCGAGCAUUGUAUUAUCUAAUUUCACUUCCAUGGAGAUGGCUUUCCUUUUCUUAGCAUCACUGCCAUCAGAAGUAAUGAUGAAACACCGUAGGUUGACGAUGUCGUAAACCGAGGACCCCCUGUAUGUUGCCUGUGCACAGUGGAGCAGUCAUGACUCAUCAGUCAUUGUCUUCAUCUACAGUACUUAGUAGAAUUAUAAAGCAGCAUAAAAUCUAAAAAUCCUCACGGAAAAGUACCACAGAGUUUUAUUUAAGUACACAGCUUUUCACUUUGUCGUCCUUCCACUCCCACUGCUUGAUCACCGAUGGUCCACAUUUAUCUGAAGUUUCAGCAGGAGCUGAGGCAUCCAUCCCAGUUCAUCAUCCAACCAUCCGUCACGGUGAUAAGUGGAGCCACGUCUGUCUGACAUCUGUCACACAUCGCAGUAGUGAGCAAAGAGUCUCCCAGAAUAUCUGAUUAAUCUUCGCUAAGCUGUCGUUUGAGUGAUACCAGCGGGGGAGUAAGUGGCCCACAGCUCUAGCGGUGGUCCAGGGGUCUCAGUUUGAGCAGCUGCUUGGGUGUUUGAUGGAAGGUGAUGGCAGUUUAUCACCUCCCGGAGCGGCGAAACGCUGUGACACAUCCCAAGAAAAAAAACACAAAGUGCUUACUGCAGUUGUCACCAUCUUUUGCACUUUGCAGGUGAAGGCCAGAGUUCUCGUAAACCGUCGCACUCGUCCAGGUCUUGUUGCCAAGUUGUUGAACACAUGAGAACAGGCCUUGUCUGGAAAUAAAAUGGGAGAGGCUCGUGACAGAACCAGACAGCGUUGUUCGGCGACAUUGAAAGAUUACUGCUUAUGUGCAUGCAAGGGGAGAAAGCUGGCUGAUGGCCCCAAGGUGCAUUUUGUACAUAUGAAACAGAUAAGCCGUAGUCAUGGUUACAAGGGAAGCUGAGGGAAAGAGGAGGGAAGCUGGGGCGUCUGUCAGCGACGAUAUCCAAAGCUCGGGGAUCACACAGCAAGUGGACCAUGUUUGGAGAAGCUCUUCUGCGCGGUUCAGCCAAAGGUUUUCGCUGCUGGAAUUUGAGUGUUCCAGACGAAACCUGCCGCCGGGUGUAAACACAGUGUGAUCCGGCACCUUUCUAUUGUGUCUCAUUCUCCUGUUGUGUGAAUAAAGACCCAUUUUUUCUCGCCUUUGCGGUUAUACGGUCGUAACAUUUUACGAGUCCAUUUCGCAUUCAUACUCAGGUGUCCAUCUGUCUGACGCGACUAAAAUAAACACAGUCUCCUAUUGUAAUCAACGGAUCAUAAUGUGCCGUCAGAGCUAGCUGGGCUCCUGUUCAUACGGCUUAUGUCAAAGGGCUACGCUCCUUCUACGGAGUACAUGUGACGCGUAAUCACAGACGGCUGCAGAUUUCAAGCUUUCUCUGGCUUCACUCUUGGGGCUGUUUUGCUUGAGAAUAAUCUCAACGAUCUUGAGCAGCCGUGUAGAUGUGGAAAAAAAAAAAGAUUGAGCAGCUUGUCCACGCUGUGAGAAGAAAGCAUAUAUCGCCGGAUUGUACAGAGCAAUUUGAAGUGCCUUAUCGAGAGUGACAUUAACAAAUUGCUCUUUUAUCCUUAAAAUCCCCCUGUUGUAUCUUCAGAGUGUCUGAGCUGAAAGUUCUGGAUUGUGCAUUAAGGAGUGUGUUAUUCAGCCUCCUUUUUUUGUUCUUCUUUUAAACAGCUCUGGGCUCCCAUUACUGUAAUUUCCAUCUUUACUCUGACUGCCUGAUUGCAGAGGCGAGGAAAGUUUAGACUGAACAAUCGGAAAUGAUCAUCGCAGGGCCUUUCGAAAUAAUUUAUCCCAAAAAAAAGCGACACAUUUCAAUGCUAUCUUGUGAGCACAGGGGGGCUGUUUUGAUUGAUUCCCCCUCCAGUAUGUCGUAUUUGUUAUAUGGGAAAUUGUGCUUCCCUGUGCAAAACCUGUGUGCCAUCAUGUCUGGAUCAGCGCUGUCAUUCCAGUGUGUGUGUGUGUGUGUGUGUGUGUGUGUGUGUACAUCUCGCUGUGUGGUCUUUUAUUUUUCCUAAAUGGCAUCCUCAGCAUGAAGGCAGCAGAUUGGACAGAAUAUCACUGCACACAUCAGGGAGGCUGCACACGGCGUGAUUGUCUCCGUCAUCACUCCUUCCUCUUUAAACAAGUCUUUCAAUAGUACCAAGCUUCCAAAGACUCACUUAGACACUACUGGAAUACGUGUAGAUACAUGAUUAUCCCACAUUUUCUAUCACAUUUUGUAAAUCUGCUUGUACAAAGUCAAAAUGUAGUAUUACAAAUGAGAUUAUGUUCAGUGUACAGCCAGAAGUUUCCUUUUUUGGGGGGAAAAUGUUAUUUAAAAUCUCUAAAGACAUGAAUAUUAUGGAUUAUGAAAGUAGAAAGUAUAAAUAUAUGUGCAUUUUUUUUGGAUUCCUGCAUUGCAAAAAUGAAAUGAGCAACUGGAUCCAACUUUUUUCCCCACAUUGGAGCUGCUUUCCAGGGGAUUUGAUGUGAUGAGUGACUUCUGCAGCCAGAAAGAGGGAAAAAAAAAACCUUGGAAACCCGAGAGGAGCACAAAAAAAAAAAUAUCUAAAACUAGUUUCAGUGUGGCCCAAAAGCCCAGCGGCAAGGGCUUCAUUUUGAUUUUCACCUGUAAAUUUAUGACGCUCUGCACUCACCUUGAGAAGAAGCUGGACACACUUUCUAACUUUUGCAGUUUUACCGCCCUGGGGAGAAGGUGUUUUUUUGUGAAGCAACCCAAUGUGUGGUGAAGGAUUUGAGUCGUUUGGCCCCAACGUCAAGGGGUCGUGUGGAUUUAAAAGUCGACAAAGAAAAAAUGUUUAAAAUAAAAAAAUAAAAGAGAAAUCAGUAGCCUGCUGCAAGUGUUAAAUGUACAUUCAGGUGUUCUUUUUUUUUCAUUUGCUUCUGUACGUAGAUGUUCACGUGUAUUCAAUCACUGUGGCUUGUGGCUUCUCUUGCAAUAGGAAAACGUAAAUUUAACAGUCUAUUGUUUGCAUUGUAUAUAUCUAUAUGAUAAUACAUUCUAUGUAAUUCAGAUGCGGUACAUUUGAAAUGUACAUACACAUGUUUAAUAGCUACUAUCUGAAUGUUUCCCUCCCCUAUAACCCCUCUCCUCAUUUAUUCUCCCCCCUUUCCUCUCCUUUUCCUCCCCCCCAACUAUGAUACUCCCUGUACAGUAACAAUGGUAUUGAUUUUCGUUUUGAUGCAUUCUCGAUUGAUUAUUUGUUCCGGACAAUGAAUCUGAGUGUUAUUAUCACCGGCCACCUAUGACACUGUAAAAAUGAUCAGUGGUUACAUUGUGCCAUAUUCCUCUCAGAAUGAAAUUCCAAUAAAAAUAUACGAAAUGUG